GGCCUGGCCGCCAGGCCCUCCCUCCUGCUUCCUCUCCCGAGGGCUGUCCUGGCAGAGGCCCCCCUCGCUCUUUCUGGCGGGAACAGGGCCAGCAGCGAAAGAACAGUCGCAGAGGGAAAGCGGGAAAGAGAUGGGGGAAAGUGUGUGUGUGUGAGUGUGCGCUUGUGUGCCUGUGUGUGCGUGUGUGUGUCAAGGAAAAAAGCUCGCAGUCCAGCAGCCCGGGCCUGGGAGGCUUGUGAGCUGGGCCUUUCGUAAUUGUCCCCUCCCCGCGGCCCCCUCCCCCAGGCCUCCCCCCUCUCCUGCCCUCCCGCCCGCCCUCUCUCCCUCCCUCCUUCCCUCGCAGCCGACGAGGCAGCAAUUAGGCUUGGGGGAUAAAACGAGGUGCGGAGAGCGGGCUGGGGCAUUUCUCCCCGAGAUGGCGGGUCUGACGGCGGCGGCCCCGCGGCCCGGAGUCCUCCUGCUCCUGCUGUCCAUCCUCCACCCCUCUCGGCCUGGAGGAGUCCCUGGGGCCAUUCCUGGUGGAGUUCCUGGAGGAGUCUAUUAUCCAGGGGCUGGUCUCGGAGGCCUUGGAGGAGGAGCGCUGGGGCCUGGAGGCAAACCUCUCAAGCCAGGUCCCGGAGGGCUUGCGGGCACUGGCCUUGGGGCAGGGCUUGGCGCCUUCCCUGCAGGUGCCUUUCCGGGGGCUCUGGUGCCUGGCGGAGUGGCUGAUGCUGCUGCAGCUUACAAAGCUGCCAAGGCUGGCGCUGGGCUCGGUGGUGUCCCAGGAGUUGGUGGCAUUGGUGGUGUUGGCGGUGUUGGUGGCUUAGGAGUGUCUACAGGUGCGGUGGUUCCUCAGCCUGGAGCCGGAGUGAAGCCUGGGAAAGUGCCGGGUGUGGGGCUGCCAGGUGUAUACCCAGGUGGAGUGCUCCCAGGCACAGGAGCUCGGUUCCCCGGUGUGGGGGUGCUCCCUGGAGUUCCCACCGGAGCAGGAGUUAAGCCCAAGGCUCCAGGUGUAGGUGGAGCUUUUGCUGGAAUCCCAGGAGUUGGACCCUUUGGGGUACAGCAACCUGGAGUCCCACUGGGGUACCCCAUCAAGGCCCCCAAGCUGCCCGGUGGCUAUGGACUGCCCUACAGCACAGGGAAACUACCUUACGGCUAUGGGCCCGGAGGAGUGGCUGGUGCAGCGGGCAAGGCUGGUUACCCAACCGGGACAGGGGUUGGCCCCCAGGCAGCAGCAGCAGCGGCAGCUAAAGCGGCAGCAAAGUUGGGUGCUGGAGUCCUCCCUGGUGUUGGAGUGGGCGGUGUUCCUGGUGUGCCUGGGGCAAUUCCUGGAAUUGGAGGCAUCGCAGGUGCUGGGACUCCAGCUGCAGCUGCAGCUGCAGCAGCAGCCGCUAAGGCAGCCAAGUACGGAGCUGCUGCAGGCUUAGUGCCUGGUGGGCCAGGCUUUGGCCCGGGAGUAGUUGGUGUCCCAGGAGCUGGCAUUCCAGGUGUUGGUGUCCCAGGAGCUGGCAUUCCAGGUGUUGGUGUCCCAGGAGCUGGCAUUCCAGUUGUCCCAGGUGCUGGGGUUCCAGGGGCUGUGUCACCGGCUGCAGCUGCUAAGGCAGCUGCGAAGGCAGCCAAAUACGGGGCCAGGGCCGGAGUCGGAGUUGGAGGCAUUCCUACUUUUGGGGUUGGAGCUGGGGGCUUUCCCGGCUAUGGUGUCGGAGUCGGAGGCAUCCCCGGAGUCGGAGGUGUUCCCGGAGUCGGAGGUGUCCCGGGAGUUGGCAUUUCCCCUGAAGCUCAGGCAGCAGCUGCCGCCAAGGCUGCCAAGUACGGUGCUGCAGGAGCAGGAGUGCUGGGUGGGUUGGUGCCAGGUGCCGGAGGCGUAGUCCCAGGUGUGCCGGGCGUGGGAGGAGUGCCAGGAGUGGGGACCCCAGCAGCUGCAGCUGCUAAAGCAGCCGCCAAAGCCGCCCAGUUUGGGUUAGUUCCUGGUGUCGGCGUGGCUCCUGGCGUUGGCGUGGCUCCUGGAGUUGGCGUGGCUCCUGGCGUUGGCGUGGCUCCUGGCGUUGGCGUGGCUCCUGGCGUUGGCGUGGCUCCUGGUGUUGGUGUGGCUCCUGGCGUUGGCGUGGCUCCUGGCGUUGGCAUCGGCCCUGGUGGAGUUGCAGGAGUGGGAGCCCCAGCGGCAGCGAAAUCUGCUGCCAAGGCAGCCGCCAAAGCCCAGCUCCGAGCUGCAGCUGGGCUUGGUGCUGUUCCUGGACUUGGAGUUGGUGCUGUUCCUGGACUUGGAGUUGGUGUCGGCGUCCCUGGACUUGGAGUUGGUGCUGGUGUUCCUGGCUUCGGGGCAGUACCUGGAGCCCUGGCUGCCGCUAAAGCAGCCAAAUAUGGAGCAGGAGUGCCUGGGGCCCUUGGAGGGGUCGGGGCUCUUGGUGGAGUAGGCAUCCCAGGCGGUGUGGUGGGAGCCGGACCCGCCGCCGCUGCUGCUGCAGCCAAAGCUGCUGCCAAAGCCGCCCAGUUUGGCCUAGGGGGACCUGCUGGACUCGGAGUCGGAGGACUCGGAGUCGGAGGGCUUGGAGUCGUCCCAGGUGUUGGGGGCCUUGGAGGUGUGUCUCCAGCUGCAGCCGCCAAAGCAGCUAAAUACGGUGCUGCUGGCCUUGGAGGUGUCCUAGGGGGUGCCGGGCAGUUCCCACUUGGAGGAGUGGCAGCGAGACCCGGCUUCGGAUUGUCUCCCAUUUUCCCAGGAAAACCCCCCAAGCCCUUUGGAGGGGCCCUAGGAGCCCUGGGAUACCAAGGUGCGGCCUGCCUGGGGAAAUCUUGUGGCCGGAAGAGAAAAUGAGCUUCCCAGGACCCCUGACUCACGACCUCAUCAACGUUGGUGCUACUGCUUGGUGGAGAAUGUAAACCCUUUGUAACCCCAUCCCAUGCCCCUCCGACUCCCCACCCCAGGAGGGAACGGGCAGGCCGGGCGGCCUUGCAGAUCCACAGGGCAAGGAAAUAAGAGGGGAGCGGCCAAGUGCCCCGACCAGGAGGCCCCCUACUUCAGAGGCAAGGGCUGUGUGGUCCUGGCCCCCGACCCCAUCCCUUCCCACCUAGGAGCUCCCCCUCCACACAGCCUCCAUCUCCAGGGAAACUUGGUGCUACACGCUGGUGCUCUUAUCUUCCUGGGGGGAGGGAGGAGGGAAGGAUGGCCCCUCGGGGAACCCCCUCCCUGGGACUCCUCUAAAGAUGGUGCAGACACUUCCUGGGCAGUCCCAGCUCCCCCUGCCCACCAGGACCCACCCUUGGCUGCCGUCCAGUUGGUACCCAAGCACCUGAAGCCUCAAAGCUGGAUUCGCCCAUAGCAUCCCUCCUCUCCUGCGUCCACUUGGCCGUCUCCUCCCCACCGAUCGCUGUUCCCCACAUCUGGGGCACCUUUGGGUUGGAAAACCACCCCACACUGGGAAUAGCCACCUUGCUCUUGUGGAAUCCAUCCGCCCAUCCGUCCAUUCACCCAUCCGUCCAUCCAUCCAUGUCCCCAUUGACCGCCCGGCACCACUAGCUGGCUGGGUGCACCCACCAUCAACCUGGUUGACCUGUCAUGGCAGCCUGUGCCCUGCCUCCACCCCCAUCCUACACUCCCCCAGGGUGUGCAGGGCUGUGCAGACUGGGGUGCUAGGCAUCUCCUCCCCACCUGGGGUGUCCCCACAUGCAGUACUGUAUCCCCCUCAUCCCUCCCUCGGUCCACUGAACUUCAGAGCAGUUCCCACUCCUGCCCCGCCCAUCUUUUUGUGUCUCGCUGUGAUAGAUCAAUAAAUAUUUUAUUUUUUGUCCUGGAUAUUUGGGGAUUAUUUUUGAUUGUUGAUGUUCUCUUUUGGUUUUAUUUUUGUGGUUCAUUGAAAAAAAGAGAAAUUUUUUUUUCUGAUUGGGGGAGCUGUAUCCCCAGUAGAAAAGUCAUUUUAAUCACUCUGAUAUAACUCUGGAUGAAACACACCUUUUUUUUUUUAACAAGAAAAGAGAAUUAACUGCUUCAGAAAUGACUAAUAAAUGAAAACCUUUAAAGGAAA